CGCAGUCGGGCCCGCCCGCCGCACCACGCACCCUAGCAGUCAGUGGGUGAGCCAAGUACCGCGGAGGUCAUCGUGGGGAGGCGGGGCGGGGGUGGCAUGGCAGCCUCCUUGCGGCUCCGUGGAGCCGCCUCCGGCCUCCGAUACUGGAGCCGCCGGCAGCAGCCGGUAGCGGCCAACCUUGCAGCGGUGUGUUCUAGGUCAAUGGCUUCUAAGACUCCUGUUGGAUUCAUUGGAGUAGGCAACAUGGGGAAUCCAAUGGCAAAAAAUCUCAUGAAACAUGGCUAUCCGCUCAUUAUUUAUGAUGUGUUCCCUGAUGCAUGCAAAGAGUUUGUAGAUGCAGGUGAACAGGUAGUGUCUUCUCCAGCAGAUGUAGCCGAAAAAGCUGACAGAAUUAUUACAAUGUUGCCCACCAGUAUCAAUGCAAUAGAAGCUUAUUCUGGAGCAAAUGGAAUUCUAAAGAAAGUGAAGAAAGGCUCAUUAUUAAUAGAUUCCAGUACUAUCGAUCCUAUGGUUUCGAAAGAAUUGGCCAAAGAAGUUGAGAAAAUGGGAGCAGUUUUCAUGGAUGCCCCUGUUUCUGGUGGUGUGGGAGCUGCUCGGUCUGGGAACCUAACGUUUAUGGUGGGAGGAGUCGAAGAUGAAUUUGCUGCUGCCCAGGAGUUGCUGGGGUGCAUGGGCUCCAAUGUGGUGUACUGUGGAGCCGUUGGGACUGGGCAGGCUGCGAAGAUCUGCAACAACUUGCUGUUAGCUAUUAGUAUGAUUGGAACUGCUGAAGCUAUGAAUCUGGGAAUCAGGUUAGGGCUUGACCCAAAACUACUGGCUAAAAUCCUAAAUAUGAGCUCAGGACGGUGCUGGUCAAGUGACACUUAUAAUCCUGUACCUGGGGUGAUGGAUGGAGUUCCCUCAGCUAAUAACUAUCAGGGCGGAUUCGGAACAACACUCAUGGCUAAGGAUCUGGGAUUAGCACAAGACUCUGCUACCAGCACGAAGAGCCCAAUCCUGCUGGGCAGUCAAGCCCAUCAGAUCUACAGGAUGAUGUGUGCGAAGGGCUACUCAAACAAAGACUUCUCAUCCGUGUUCCAGUUCCUACGAGAGGAGGAGACGUUCUGAGUCUGCCCUUCGGCUGUGGACACUGUUGGAAACCAAACUCUAUCUUGGAGCCACUUAUAGCUCACUCCACAAGUACAUGGGUUUAAUCCAAGGUCACCUGUCUGCUUUUGAUUGUCUAGGUCACAGUAAACCCUGGGAUUUUUCACCCAUUUUUAACUGCUUAUUCUUUUUAUCUAUUUAGUGAACACUUACUACCUGGUUCUUUUCUGCAAGCCACUGAUGGUCUCUGCUCACUAGCUGACUGACCUUCUCAGAAGUUUGAUCCCUGAGCAUCUGCAGCUAAAUCCUCGCAUACUUCAAUCAGGAUGUAUUUACCCCACCUUACAAAUAAAAUCAAUUUUUUUUUCAAGAGAAUAAAACCUAUCUUUGAGGAAAGAAAAGAAGUCAGUGUGAGGAAAGGAGUUAGAGGAAGGGGCAGACUAGUAAAUUACUACCUGUGUCCCUUAGAAAGUUUGUCCUGUUAACCAAGUGGAGGUAUUCUCGCAUUACUGAGGUUACUGGUUUAUUUUCCAGACAUUGGUAAAGCAAGAGAACUCCUUGCUGCAUGUUAUAUAAUUUGGACUCUGUUACAUUGUCUUGGCGUGCCCCUCUUGUAAUGACUCCCAAUACUCAGCAGACUUGUCUUUUAUAUUUUUGCUUCCUUGUACAUUCUUACUACAUACAUAUUUUUUGACUUCAAAAGAAUAUCUUUAGAACUGUUUCAGAGCCAAUGAUGAUAUGUGCUUUAGAUAAUUAUUACACUAUUCUAGAUAUAACCAUAUUAUUUUGAAUUCAAAUAAAUUUCUAUGCUGAUAAUA